GCAAGUUCCUCCAAAUCCAAAUCUCGAGCGAAGAAGAGGCGGAGGAAUCGAAGACAUGGCCGCCUCGUCCACAGCGAACGCCUCCGGCGCCAUCACCGGCCUCGCCGUCUCCAGCCGCAGCUCCCCCUCGGCCUCCCACGCCGACCGCCUCGCCGUCCCAGCCUCCGCCGCUGGGUUAGCCCUCGGCGCCCGCUCUCUCGUUGCCUCUUCCUCCUCCCUUCGAUUCCAUCAGCAUGGCCUUCCCCGAAUCGCCGCUCGCCGCGCGAUCGCAGUCAAGGCCGCCGCGGUCGAGACGCUCCAGACCGCCGCCGCUGAGGCUCUCGUCGAGAAGUCCAUCAACACCAUCCGGUUCCUCGCCAUCGACGCCGUCGAGAAGGCCAACUCCGGACACCCCGGCCUCCCCAUGGGAUGUGCGCCGAUAGGACACAUCUUGUACGACGAGGUCAUGAGGUACAACCCGAAGAACCCUUACUGGUUCAACCGAGAUCGAUUUGUGCUCUCCGCCGGCCAUGGAUGCAUGCUCCAGUACGCCUUGCUCCACCUUGCUGGCUACGACAGUGUUAAGAUUGAAGACAUACAACAGUUCCGUCAAUGGGGAAGCAGAACACCUGGUCAUCCUGAGAAUUUUGAAACACCCGGCAUUGAAGUUACUACUGGGCCACUGGGUCAGGGUGUUGCCAAUGCUGUUGGUUUGGCACUUGCUGAGAGACAUCUAGCUGCCCGAUUCAACAAGCCUGACAAUGAAAUCGUCGACCAUUACACAUAUGUUAUACUUGGGGAUGGUUGCCAAAUGGAGGGUAUUGCUAAUGAAGCAUGUUCUCUUGCUGGGCAUUGGGGUCUUGGAAAACUCAUUGCAUUUUAUGAUGAUAACCACAUUUCUAUUGAUGGUAACACGGAGAUUGCAUUUACAGAAGAUGUUAGUGCUCGUUUUGAGGCUCUUGGAUGGCAUACCAUCUGGGUAAAGAAUGGUAACACUGGCUACGAUGAUCUUCGAGCUGCCAUUAAGGAGGCAAAGGCAGUGAAAGACAAGCCCACACUUAUCAAGGUGACUACUACAAUUGGAUUUGGAUCACCAAACAAGGCUAACUCAUACAGUGUACAUGGAAGUGCAUUGGGUGCCAAAGAAGUCGAUGCAACUAGACUAAAUCUUGGGUGGCCAUAUGAGCCUUUCCAUGUACCUGAAGAAGUCAAGAAUCAUUGGAGCCAUCAUAUCCCUGAGGGGUCUGCUCUUGAAGCCAAAUGGAAUGCGAAGUUUGCAGAGUACGAGAAGAAGUACACCGAUGAAGCUGCAGAGCUAAAAUCUAUUAUAUCAGGAGAACUGCCUGCAGGUUGGGAGAAAGCUCUUCCGACAUAUACCACCGAAAGUCCUGCAGAUGCUACCAGAAACUUAUCACAACAGAAUUUGAAUGCACUCGCUAAAGUGCUUCCAGGACUUCUUGGUGGUAGUGCUGAUCUUGCUUCUUCGAACAUGACUUUGCUUAAAAUGUUUGGUGACUUCCAAAAGGGCACGCCUGAAGAGCGUAAUGUUCGAUUUGGUGUUAGGGAACAUGGGAUGGGUGCUAUCUGCAAUGGCAUUGCCUUGCACAGCCCAGGCCUUAUUCCAUAUUGUGCCACCUUCUUUGUCUUUACUGACUACAUGAGGGCAGCCAUGAGGAUCUCAGCUUUGUCCGAGACAGGAGUCAUCUAUGUGAUGACACAUGAUUCGAUAGGCCUAGGUGAAGAUGGUCCAACCCAUCAGCCAAUUGAGCACUUGAUAAGCUUCCGAGCGAUGCCCAACAUUCUCAUGCUCAGGCCUGCUGAUGGGAAUGAGACUGCUGGGGCCUACAAGGUUGCAGUGCUCAACAAGAAGAGGCCAUCGGUUCUUGCUCUCUCUAGGCAGAAGCUGGCUCAGCUUGCAGGGACAUCGAUUGAAGGGGUUGAGAAGGGUGGAUAUGUCAUUUCAGAUAAUUCCUCUGGUAACAAACCAGAUUUGAUAUUGAUUGGAACUGGUUCCGAAUUAGAAAUAGCAGCCAAAGCUGCAGAUGAACUGAGGAAGGAGGGCAAAACUGUACGUGUGGUAUCUCUUGUUUGUUGGGAGUUGUUUGAUGAGCAAACAGUCGAGUACAAGGAGAGUGUCUUCCCUUCAAAUGUCACUGCUAGGAUUAGCAUUGAAGCUGGAGCCACGCUUGGAUGGGAGAAGUAUGUCGGAAGCAAAGGCAAGGCCAUCGGUAUUGACCGGUUCGGCGCUAGUGCUCCUGCUGGGAGAAUAUACAAGGAGUUCGGCAUCACAGCGGAGAAUAUCAUUGCCGCAGCCAAAUCUCUAUAAGCUGAACUUGUUCAAGAUUUCUCUCCGUCUUGAUUCCAAAGACAACUAGGUAAUGAUAUCUUGAGUUUGAGAAUACUUGAGGAAUUAGAACUUGCUUAAGACACUGGCUUUUGCCCCCCUAAUAAAUUUUCGUAUGUUCUUGAGCAUUUCAUUCUUAUAUUUGAAGAAAACAACUUCUUAAUAUCUAGGACAGCAGAUGAUUAUAUUGGAUUGUGUAAUCAUACGUUGCUCUUUGUUAUUUGUCGAAACUUUCAACUUGUGCUUAAACCUUGUCCAGGUAAAUCUUUUUGUGGUUAUGCCUUAUUA